AAUUUCAGGAACAAAAACAGUGCCAGAUAGACUGCAGCUACAAAGAUAGCGUUAUCAGAAGCUUGGAGUUGGUGUUCCUUGGAGUUUUAAGAAAGAUGGCGGAAAACAGAGAAAAGGCGACGGAUCAAAUGAAAAUAUGGAAAGAAAGUAGAGGAUCUCAGCGAGCCGACGUGUUGACCACGGGAGCAGGGAUCCCCAUAGGCGAUAAGCUGAAUGUUCAGACGGCUGGACCCCAAGGGCCACUGCUGGUGCAGGAUGUCGUGUUCACGGACGAGAUGGCCCACUUCGACCGCGAGCGCAUCCCCGAAAGGGUGGUGCAUGCCAAAGGAGCAGGUGCAUUUGGUUAUUUUGAGGUGACUCAUGACAUCACGCACUACUGCAAGGCCAAGGUGUUUGAGCAUGUGGGCAAGACAACUCCCAUCGCUGUGAGAUUCUCUACUGUGGCUGGUGAGUCCGGUUCAGCUGAUACAGUCCGUGACCCUCGAGGAUUUGCAGUGAAAUUCUACACCGACGAGGGCAACUGGGACCUGACAGGCAAUAACACACCCAUCUUCUUCAUCAGGGAUGCAUUUCUGUUUCCAUCCUUCAUCCACUCUCAGAAGCGGAAUCCUCAGACUCACCUGAAGGACCCUGACAUGGUGUGGGACUUUUGGAGCCUGCGUCCAGAGUCUCUGCAUCAGGUGUCGUUCCUCUUCAGCGAUCGUGGAUUGCCUGAUGGAUAUCGCCAUAUGAAUGGCUAUGGUUCCCACACCUUCAAACUGAUCAACUCUGCGGGCCACCCUGUCUACUGCAAGUUCCACUACAAGACCGAUCAGGGCAUUAAGAAUCUGACUGUGGAGGAGGCAGACCGUUUAGCCUCCACUGAUCCUGACUACGCCAUCCGUGACUUGUACAACGCCAUCGCCGAUGGCAACUUUCCCUCCUGGACCUUCUACAUCCAGGUCAUGACCUUUGAGCAGUCGGAGAAGUACCCAUGGAACCCAUUUGAUCUGACCAAGGUUUGGUCCCAUAAGGACUACCCCCUGGUUCCAGUUGGACGCUUUGUUUUGAAUAAAAACCCUGUAAACUAUUUCGCUGAAGUGGAGCAACUGGCGUUUGACCCCAGUAACAUGCCACCAGGUAUUGAGCCAAGUCCUGACAAGAUGCUGCAGGGUCGUCUCUUCUCUUAUCCUGACACCCACCGCCAUCGGCUUGGAGCCAACUACCUCCAGCUGCCUGUUAAUUGCCCUUAUCGUGCCCGUGUGGCCAACUAUCAGAGAGAUGGACCCAUGUGUGUGACUGACAACCAGGGAGGAGUCCCAAACUACUACCCUAACAGCUUCAGUGCCCCAGAUUGUCAGCCACGCUUCAUGGAGUCCAAGUUUAGAGUCUCUCCUGACGUUGGACGCUACAACAGCUCGGACGAUGAUAACGUGACCCAGGUUCGCACUUUCUUCACCACCGUCCUGAACGAGGCUGAGCGCGAGCGUCUCUGCCAAAACAUAGCAGGACAUCUGAAAGGAGCUCAGCUCUUCAUUCAGAAGCGCAUGGUCCAGCAUCUGAUGGCGGUGCACCAGGAUUACGGCUCUCGUGUUCAGGUACUGCUUGACAAGUAUAACGCAGAGGGCCAAAAGGUCAGCAGUAACUCCCUGCACGUGUAUAAGAAGGGAGGCUCAACUGCCGUGGUCGCUUCUUCCAAGAUAUGACGUGUGGAAUUUCUGCAGCACACACACAUGCCUGACAAGAGCAUUUGUUCUUUCACAUUAAAAAUAUUAGCAGUGUAGCUGGAUAACAUUCUCCAUAAGAUGAUUUUCAAGAAGAUUGAAAAAAACAAAACAAAAAAGGCACUAAUUCUGCAUUAAUCUUUUUGAUAGUUUUGAGAAGUCGGAUGUUGGGAAACGCUCGGGAGAAAUGACUUGGAGACACGAGACAACUCGUAAACAUGUCUUCAGUGUCCAGGACAGCUUUGUGUUCGUGAUGAUCAGUAUUUUAUUUAGGCUCAGUACGCAUGACUCUAGUGUAAGUCGCGUUCCUCUCGAUCCCUCCAAGUCGCUUUGGUUAAGUGAUAUUUCCUUAAAGACGAUAACUAGUUCGGUCAUUUUCCUCUCUUGCUCCUUUCUGCACGUCCUGGUUACAAGUUCAGUGAGGGGCGGGGGAGGGGGGAACUAAAAGCUAAAUUUUACCUCAAUUUAUUUCCGUUAUCGAUGUUUCCAGUCAAAGUGUUUUUUUUUUUUAAUUAUUAUUUUUAUUCUUUUCUCUGUUCAUCAAGGGUAAGGAACGACACUUUUCCAAUCUACCUGCAUUCAGUUAUGUUCUAUAAAAUACAUCAGCACUACCUGUGAGCUUGACUUGGCUAGAUUAUUAUUGGCUCACAUGUUAAAAUGUUUCUCAGAAUUGCAGUGGUUGCACUGUGUUGUUUAUCUGCUUGCCAUAGCAGCACAGCCUAAUAACCGUCCACUAAUGAUAGCAUGAUAUUUUCAUCAUCAUAUUGCCUAGUUAAUGUUAAUCAUUUACCACAAUUUUUACCAUCUAAGAAAUGCUUCUUUUUUUCUUUUUGAGCAUUUUGAUAUGUGGAUAAAGAAUUAAACGAUUUAGAGUUUAAAAUUUAGAUUUAAGAUCAGAAAGAUGUGCCUGUGCCUUACUGAAGUCCAACAUUUCCUGAAAUCUAACCUUUUAAUUGGGUGUGUUUUUAAGGACUGUUGUCCCGCAUUUCGUCCCUUUUUUGAACCCUGUGGAAGUUAUGCUCUCUGUGUGUUCUCUAACUAAUUCAAUAAAAUCAUGAUUUUGUUUUAUUGAA